AUGGCGCUCGUCUCCUGCCUCCAGAGAUGCGUCCAGCUCGCCCUCUUGCCCGUCUAUGUGCUCGUCCACCUGGGCUUAUGGGACACUGUCUAUAAGAAAGUUUUCCCUUACAUCAUGGCCAGGCUUGCAUCAAGCUACAACCGCAAGGUGCACAGGCAGAAACAAGAGCUGUUCAGCAACUUGGGACAAUUUGUGGGCCCUGGGGGUCAGCUCAGGCUGCUGGAAAUCGGCACAGGCACCGGCACCAACUUCCAGUUCUACCCCGCAGCCUGCCGGCUCACGUGCACCGACCCGAACCCCAACUUCGGGCAGUUCCUCCGCAAGAGCCUCUCAGAGAACCCCCACCUCUGUCUGGAGCGCUCACUGGUCGCUCCUGGGGAGAACCUGCACCAGAUAGCAGAGGGCAGCGUGGACGUCGUGGUGUGCACGCUCGUGCUGUGCUCCGUGAGCAGCGUGGAGAGCGUCCUGCGUGAGGUUCUGCGGGUGCUCCGGCGGGGUGGAGCAUUUUACUUUUUGGAGCAUGUGGCUGCAGAUCGAUCGAGCUGGACCUACUUCUGGCAAAAGGUCUGCGACCCGGCCUGGAAGUGCUUUGGAGAUGGCUGUUCCUUGAGCAGAGAGACACAGAAGGACCUGGAGAAAACCAAAUUCUCCGAGCUGAACUUGAGGCGCGUGCACGUCCCUCUACGCUGGAUUCCUGCCAGUCCUCAUAUCAUUGGAUAUGCAGUAAAAUAA